CCUUUGUUUUAAUUCAAGGUUUGUUUGGUCUGCCAUGCUUUCCCCUGGAUUCUGUGGUUAUAAAAGAAUAAAUGAAACUGGAGUCAUACCAAGGGGGAACCUAGCAGGCUGGUGUUGAGUAACUGCAUCUUCCUGAAAAAGCUACCACCUUGAUCUGGGUGCCAGUUCAUGCUUAAAUGUAAGCAGUUGUGCCUCCCCAGACAUAGGUGUGUCUGUGAUCUUCUUGGGAAACACUGGGAUCUUCCCUCUUAAGGUGGUAGACCAGUCAAUUGACUGGUGAAAUGCUGACAAAUGACUUUGUUAUUUGGCUGUUGUCCACUAUGUACAUGACAGCUUAACUUUUUAUUUAUUAUGAAUAGCACUAGAAAGAAUGAUAUUUGCACAUUUUUGUUGUGGUGGAGAUGGGGUGUGUAUGCUCGUUUUGAUCACUUUUGGCAAACUGAUGCCUGAUGCAAUGUUUCUUUUAGAGAUUUGUAGUCUCUCUAAGCUACACCCCUCUGCAUUUGGCAUAUAGCUGCUCAACUUUCUCCAAUUAGGUGUGGUUCUCGUGUUUUGGAGUGCUAAGCCAAAGAAACUCUUGGCAUCUGAACUCCUUCAUUUGUGGAGAAGUAGUGCAGAAAAGGAAUGAAGAGGUAUAAUGGCGCAUGGCAUUUCAAACAAUUUGCAGACUUGUAAACACUUUGCCUCUGUUCUGCUGGAUUACUUGGCUAAUAAGACAUAUUGUCUUUUGAAAACUCGGAACGUUUUGCUGUGUCAAAAGACACCUAAAAAAAUGAUGUGAACAGAAUUAUGUUUUACUCUGGUUACUGUGUCAACUUCAAACUUAUGUAUGUUGUUUACAAUUAAAAGAUUGAAAGCAUAAGAUAAAAGUAUACAUCACGGAAGUUGAAUCACAACAGAAUAAAACUAGCAACAGUGUAAUGUGAAUUAUCUCUGACCAUUGAUAUACUAACACUGAAACUUGUUUAUGACUUAGUUCUCUCUUGGAAGUUCAAAUACCAUCCAUACCCUCCCUCGUGUUAAUGGAGGAUGGGGUGGGGAGAGGAUUAUGAAAUACAUUGUAAGCAAGACCUCUGUAAGAUUUGCCUCUACUAGUUAUUUGUGUGUGUCACAGCUGUUUUCUACAGACAGUUGGCAGCUGCACACUCAGACAGAUAGGCCAUGCCAAGUCCCAUUGUGAGUGUGACCAUUUUCAGCCAUAUGUUGAUGAAGGCUUGAUUACGUUGAUGGUAAUGGGGAGAUUUAAUGAAGGAUUUUCCUUUUUUCUCCUUUGCCAAGAAACAUGCCUCCCCCUGCAAAAAAACCCUUUCAGUUAUACGGCUAGUGGUAGGUUUUGACUUGGUAGUACAAAAUAUAAAAUCAUUUAAAUAUUUAAGAGGGAAAUCAAACGUGUAAUUCUUUGUGGAGGGCUAAGGAUAAAAUCAAAUGAAAAGCGCUACUAGGAAUUGCAGGUUGACAAAAUGAAAUGGCAAAUAGUCUACUGGCUCUUUAUUUGCAAAGGAUUCUGUUGGUGCAGAAGUAAUUGAAAUCCCAUAAAAGUUAGAAAUGUGUAUUUGUUUGCAGGGUUUGAUAAUUCAGUGUGGUGGUGGUGUAAGGAAGGCAGGUGGCAGCAAUAGCUUCUUAAUUCUGAUAUGAGCCUUAUUAAUUUUCAAGUGAGCAAUAGAAGCAGCUGGCAAGAUGAGAAAAGCCAUCCCAGUUGUAGUGUGGUUAGUGGUUGUCAUUGCCUGAGCAAUGGACUCAGCUGGGUGCAGCCCUGAUGGCCAACUAAUGAGAGUCUCCGUGUAGGACAAACAUUCCUCCUGCCUUUGAGAUGGUAUGGGGAUAGGCAUAUCAGCGUAUUUAUCCAUAUUUUGUUUACACUUAACAUUUAAUAUGCAGCAGAUAUGUAGAGCUUCUCAUCAUGUGUGUCUCAUAAUUGGAAAUGCAUGCUCCAUCUUCUCUUAACGUAAGAAUUGUCUUGGUGGAAGAGAGCAAAGCUCCUCCUCACUUAGCGUUCUGCUUUCAACACGGCCAGCCAGAUUUCUCUGGGAGCUCACAACCAGGGACUGGCUACUUCUCCAUCAACAUUGGGAGGGAGGUUAUUGGUUUGGUUGGUUUAUUCUGUAUUUUUAUGCUGUGAACCACCCUAAGAUAUUCAGAUGACUGGCAUAAAAAAUGAAAUAAUUUUUUUUUCUAGUUCUGUUAAAAGCAAUGUAAGCUUGUGGCCAUGAUUAAUAAUUAUCCACGUGUUUGUACACUUACAUCUAAGUGUUCAUAUACAAAAUUUUGUUUCUGAGAACAUCUGAACCAGCCAACCGAAUUAAUCUUUACAUUCCUUAGUUUUAUAGUUUUGUUGAAAGUUAGGCUUGUUUAUUACGGAAGGGCUGUCCCUAUUUGUGUCUGCCCUUCCUUGUUGUAUCUUUUUUUUGUUAACUUUUCAUAGAAGAAAUGUGCUGCCAGAUGAAGGGUGAGGAUGAAUAUAUACCACCUGGGAAUUGACCUGCUCUUGUGAUCUCUCAGUUGUGCUGCUCUCCCCUAGGCAACAUAACAACAUUUUCAAUAACUGUAUCUAAUUAAACCUUGCUUCUCAGAAAGUUACUUGGUUAUCUUAAUGGAUAGCCUUAAAUAAAGGGUGAUGUAGUUUGAUAAAUAAAUCUAGCAGUUGAUUUUUCCAUGGCAUCAGAAAUUUUAUGGUCAAUAAAUCUCUUUUUCUUUUUCUUAGAGAACAGACAAUGUUAACUCUGUGCUAUACUGUCAGUACAUGAAAGAUUUGUUCUAAUCUAUUAAGGCUCCCUGCAUUCAACCGCCUGGAUCAUCUUAGCUGCUCUGCUACUUUUUCUCUGUGCCUUUGCAUAUGAAGGGCAGCUUCAAAUGUUACUAGAAAGCUCAAAGCUCUUCCUCAUGGUGCCUCAGACAUCUAAAAGGUGUUUAAAUCACAUAUUUACCCUAGGAUGUACAGUGUCCUGUUUCACCAUCAUCAGCUGGCAGUGUAGGGCACUUUAAACUCAUCCCAUCCCUUGGCUUCCAGAUGUUAAUGUUUGUACAUGAGCAUCAAUAAAGGGAAGGGUGUGCUCUAAUGAGGGGGUAGGCAAUGCCUGAACUGGCUUUGCUGCAAACUGUUUAUCCCCCUGUCCAAGAGAUGAGCACUUUCUGAAUCCUCUAAGAUCGCUCAUUUUCUUGACAGUAGUCUAGAGGCCAGAAGUAUGUUGUGCCAAAUAAACAGACUGUCCGUAAAGGUGGACUAUAAAUGCAGAAAUGUGAAAAAUGGCAUCAAGCGAAGGGUUAGAUGAAAUUGGUUUGGGUGGUGGAAUUACCAGUUGGCCAUCUUACCCCUAUCCAUAGAACUCUAAGUGUGCUUUCCCUUCAGUUGCUUGUCACUGGAUUGCCUUGGCAUAAAUACCAUUCCUACCUAAGGGGGAACUGUUGUUCAAAUGGUCUCAAACAACAAUAGACAGGAAGCUGCUAUGUACAAUUUAAACCACUACCAGCAGCUUCCUUUUACAGUUCUGCUAGGCUGCCUGUUCUAAAUGUCAUUUUUAUGCUUAUUUUCAUUAUACGAAAUUGUUUUUAUUUUGUUUCAGCCAUGGAAGAAUUAAUAGUUGAACUACAGCUGUUUCUUCAGCUUCUGGACCAUGAAUACUUAACAACCACAGUCAGGGAGAAAAAGGCAGCUUUGAGUAACAUUCUUCUGAGGAUACAAUCAUCAAAAGAUUUUGAAAUAAAAGAAAAUGCACAGAAACAAGAGGUUACCAGCAACUUGCCUGCUCCUCCUCAGAUGCCUCUACCAGAGAUUCCUCAACAAUGGCUGCCACCAGAUAAUGGUCCACCACCAUUACCUUCCUCAUCCCUUCCUGAAGGUUACUAUGAGGAAGCAGUACCACUCAGUCCAGGAAAGGCUCCAGAAUACAUCACAUCCAAUUACGAUUCUGAUGCCAUGAGCAGCUCUUAUGAGUCUUAUGAUGAAGAGGAUGAGGAUGGGAAAGGGAAGAAAAUGAGACACCAGUGGCCUUCUGAAGAAGCAUCGAUGGACCUUGUUAAGGAUGCUAAAAUCUGUGCCUUCCUUUUAAGAAAGAAGCGAUUUGGGCAGUGGACUAAACUGCUUUGUGUGAUCAAAGAAAACAAACUACUGUGCUAUAAGAGUUCCAAGGACCAACAGCCUCAGAUGGAACUUUUGUUGAGUGGCUGCAGUAUUACAUACAUUCCCAAAGACAGUAAAAAGAAGAAACAUGAGCUGAAAAUCACACACCAGGGGCAAGAUGCUUUAGUGCUUGCUGUACAGAGCCAGGAGCAGGCAGAUCAAUGGCUGAAGGUAAUUAAGGACGUUUGCAGCAACUAUAUUGGAGCUACAGAUUCAGAUGGACCUUCAUCUAAUUCUCCUGUUCACAAGGCUGAACUGGAAAAGAAACUAUCUUCAGAAAGACCAAGUUCUGAUGGUGAGGGGAUUGUAGAAAAUGGAAUAGCUGUCAUCUGUAAUGGAAAAGAGCAAGUAAAGAGGAAAAAGAGCUCUAAGACAGAUUCCAAGGGCACUGUGUCUAAAGUAACAGGGAAGAAGAUAACAAAGAUAAUUGGCUUAGGAAAGAAGAAGCCCUCCACAGAUGAACAAACCUCGUCAGCUGAAGAAGAUAUCCCAACUUGUGGAUAUCUUAAUGUGCUCUCAAAUAACCGGUGGCGUGAGCGCUGGUGCAGAGUGAAAGAUAAUAAGCUCAUUUUCCACAAAGACAGAACAGAUCUAAAGACCCAUAUUGUCUCUAUUCCUCUCCGUGGCUGUGAAGUUAUUCCAGGACUGGACUCCAAACACCCCAUGACAUUCCGCCUGCUUCGAAAUGCACAGGAGGUUGCCGUAUUAGAGGCUUCAUCUUCAGAAGACAUGGGCAGGUGGAUUGGUAUUUUGCUGGCUGAAAGUGGCUCACCUGCAGAUCCUGGCACUCUGCACUAUGACUACAUAGAUGUGGAUGUGACGGCAAGUGUCAUUCAAGCCGCAAAACAGACCUUCUGUUUUAUGAACAGACGGGUUCUGUCUACUAAUCCUUAUCGAGGAAAUGCUGCCAAUGGCUAUGCGUGUCCCAGCGGAAUGGCACUUCAUUAUGACGAUGUUCCUUGCAUAAAUGGAUCAGUAAGAAUUGAUUUUUGUUGGGAACCGGAAGAUGACUUUCCUGCUUCUCGUGGCAGAAACAUGAGAGAAGAUGGGCUUUAUGAUAAUAUGGGCCUGUACGAUAACUUGCCGUCUCCGAAAAUCUUUGCACGCUACCCACCAGCAGACCGAAAAACCAAUAGGUUAUCUACUGACAAACUGUCCUCUAACCACUAUAAAUAUCCUGUCUCAUCCAAUCUGUCUUCUGCUCAAUCUGUCACUAAUACCUCUGCUGUGGGGAGGGGAUCUGUGUCACAGUUUAAAGGAAAGAAGGCUUCUACAGCUACAAAUGGAAUAAUGGGGAAAGGAAGAACAUUAAACAACCCACAAAAGAAAUCAGAAUCUGCUUCAAAUGUGAAACGCAGCAAUUCUAGUGCUGAACAGUACAAAUAUGGAAAGAACCGUGUUGAAGCAGAUGCAAAGAGGUUACAGACCAAAGAGGAGGAGCUGUUGAGGAGAAGAGAGACACUGAGGAAUCGCCUGGCUCAGCUUCGAAAGGAAAGGAAAGACCUCAGAGCAGCCCUGGAAGCGAAUGCCGGUAGGAAAACCCUAAUUAUCCUUGAAGAUAAACUAAAGAAGUUGGAAGAGGAGUGUAAGUUGAAAGAGUCUGAACGUGUUACUCUGGAACUAGAGCUGACAGAGGUGAAAGAGAACCUGAAGAAAGCCUUGGCUGGUGGCAUCACAUUGGGACUGGCAAUUGAGCCUAAAUCAGGAACCUCAACUGCACAGUCUCCAGUUCUAAAGCAUCGGACCCUGGAGAAUUCACCAAUCUCCAGCUGUGAUACAAGUGAUACGGAAUGUUCUGUGCCUGUGAACAGUGCUGUAGUCCUGAAAAGGCAUUCUUCCGCAAGCACUUCUCCAUGCAGAGGCCAUGUGCUUCAGAAGGCAAAGGAAUGGGAGAUGAAAAACGGAACAUAAAGAAGUAAAAUCUUCACUAGCUUGGUAUGGCUCAAGAUGGACUGAAGAUUUACCUGCACCAUGAUAUAAAGGGUUUGUCAAUCCUGUUCAGUUAGUGGUCAUUUAAUGGCCCAAGAAGAGGGCCAUCUUGAAUGUGUCAUUUUUGUUAUUGUGACACUUCUUCCGGAAAUAACAUAAUAUAAAAGGAACAUUUUAAAUGGUUACGUAGAUGGAUUAGGUUAAACUAGCAAUUGUGUUGGAUGGAAUUUGAGAUUGGCAUGUUUCAGUACUCAUUUGAAAUAGUUUUAGAUAGCUUUAAUCAUUUGGUACAAAAUCAGAUGUCGGCUCUCUGUAGAAGUUGCUGGAUAAAUGUGGGGAUUCUCAACUCUGUGGCAUUCAUUCAGUUCUUACAAGGUUUUUAAAGUAGGAGACUGAAAAAUUGUAGCUGCUACGGAAGUCGUGCACCUGCUGUUUUCCAUGGUGAUUAGAGACCAAAAAGGAUAACACAACUGAAAUAUUACCUUGGUACUAGUGUAGAAAGGCUCCUUCCAGCUGUACUAGAAAGAGCUUCCAUAGUUUUUAAAUGUUAUUUUUGAAGAUGUUUUUAUUUUCUUCAAAUGUUUUUAGAUGGAUUCCCCACUCCCACAAAAAGCCAAUAGAAAUGGAUGCCACUUCACACAAAGUAAUCGGGAUCAAUAACUCUCUACUUCAAAUUCCCCUCCAGAGUUAAAGUUGUUUUGAGGAGGAUAUAUAGGAAGAAAAAAAAAGGAACAACUAAAGAACAACUAAUGUAUCGUUGCGUUCAGAAACAUUCCAAGAAAAAAAAUCUGAUUUUUAAAAAACGUAGCAUCCCCCCCCUUUUGAAAUAAUGCCACUUUUCUCUCAUUGCUAAAAGGUAAAAUUAUUUCAACCUCCAAUGAAUGUUUACAAUAGACCAUUUUUUAAUUGUUAUCCUUAAGCACCUCUUACCUUCAGUGAUCUCUGCUUAGAAGGUGGUAUGUGUCCCUGUAUUUUUUAAAGAAAACAAUGUAAUGUUUAUUUUUCUAAGUUUAUAUGAAGUUUCUUUUCCCUGCUGUAGCAUCUUGGCUAAAAGCAUGAGUUGUGAGCCAAGAGGUUUGCAGCUGAAAACCCACUUCAGGUGUGAACUUGCUCAGUGGCCAUAGGCAAGCUGCAGUGUCUUUGCCUCACCACCCAAUCUGCAAUAUGGGGAUAAUAAUAAUAAUAAUAAUAAUAAUAAUAAUAAUAAUAAUAAUAAUAUGAUAACGAUACUGGCCUAUCUUGCAGGGUUGUUGCAAAUAAUGUAUGUGAAAUGCUUCAAACACUUGAAAAGUGGAAUAUAAAUGAUCAUUUAUUAUUCUGCAAUGUCUCAUAAGAGUAACAAAAAUUCCCUCUGGUACUCCUUAGUAUAUCUGUUGCCUCAGUCCAGAGUUUUGUGUGAUCUUAUGAAAACACACAGCUGCUGUGCAUAGGGGUUGCUGCAAUGUCUUCCCCUCUUCAGGCAUAUUGUGUAAGUCAGCUGGGUAGCAGCAUCCACCCUUGGGCGCUCGACUGGCAGGUGCUUCUCGCUCCUUUUCUGUUUCUUUCCUGAGAACAGACAGAAGAGACCAUGAUAGGGAGGUUCUCGGUGUGAUCCUAACCACGUCGACUCAGAAGUAAGCCCUAUUCAAUUCAGGUAGGCUUACUCCCCAGUAAGUAGGGUUAGGGUUCCAGCCUUAGUUAGAAGAGAUGUGUCUGCUCCCUGAAUUCUUUUUUGCAUCUUUCUGUAAGCAGGCAGUCCUUACAGGGAGAGCAUCUCUUUAUCCCUUCUAUGGAGCUGAGUUCAGGUCAAGCUACAAGAUCACCAGGACACACUCUCUCUACCGCCCUGCUGCAACACUGACUGAGCAGGCUGCUCUUCUGACCUACCUGCCACUUUGGGGGUGCUCAACUAAGAGCCAGAGCAGGAACAGUCCCUCCCCAAAUGACAGGUUUACCAUCCUGCCCUCCACCUGCAACUCAAGGGGUCCAAGGCACCCCAUCACCAUGCCAAGUAGGAGAGAAAGCUCAAUUCAGAACGCAAGCAACAGAGUUUUAAUUUUAUGUAUGUAUGCAUUUUAUUUUAAUAAGAUAAGUAGGGAAGGGGGGAACUGCUCAGGAGAGGUGGCAUCAAUCCUCUUUUGAGUCUUCUAUCUCAGCAAUAUCCUUUCACCUAAGAUCAGGCAGGCCCACCAGAGACUUUCCAGAAAGGGAGAUCAGAACCAAAGUGAAAGUUUCAGCCACCAUACAGAAACUGAGGAUAGGGAAAGUCAGGUCGAAGGCAAAUGGCACCUUCUGGAUGAGUGCUGUGUUACAGAUAAAUGUAACACAACAUUUUUAUGUUUGGUUUUAUGCUGUUUUAUUUACUGUGCUUUACAAAGCUAAUUAUGGCACCCCGUGGGCCAUAGGAUGCCCGAGAUCCCUCCUGGUUGGUGGAAAGAGAGAGAGCUUUGAUCCUAAAGGGUGAUCUGAUGUUGGAGUUCCCCUCUGUGCUGUCAUAACAAUUUCCAUGGCAAAAGGAUCCACAGCCUCCCAGCUCCUCUGACGUCCCCAAACGAGGGAGAAAAUUAUGUCAGCCCAUCAGUUCAUUCCAUUUAAUUUCCAAUGGGAGGGAAAUUGUGUUUAAAAAAGCAAGGCCAGAGGUGGGGGACGGGACACCCUUUCUUUCACCCUCCCUGUUGGCAGGAUCCCUCCAGAACAUGGAAGAAGGUGGAUAAACUGGCUGUUUUCCCCACCCAAGCCUUAAGACUGCAGCUUGAAAUGUGGUAUAUACUGCAUAGUAGAAGCAGGAAUUAAAGCAAACUCAUACAGUCCAGAAGAAUGUGUAAACUUUUAAUCAAGACUAGCUCGUAUUAUAUGCUGAAAUGCUCAGAUCUUCCUCUGGUGCUAAAAUGACAUCAUAGUUGGAGACGACAAUCCACAAAUGGGGUGCUAUAAAUUCAAAUGUCAUCUCCCCCCCCUCCCCGCUGGCCACCACCUACCCAACUUUAAUCGGCAGGGGCUUAUGGAGGAGGGCCUCAAGUUUGGACAGGCUGGUGUGUUGAAAGGUGGCCCUUUUACACAGUUCUGCCCUCCAUCUGCAUGCUUUCCAUCAAAGGAAGGAUUUAAAUUCCCAUGAAAACUCCCAACAUGUUACUCAGGCUCCUGUGUUCCUAACCUAAUCAUCCACACACUGACCAGGUUUGGAUUCCUGCUCUGUGAAGCUUUGCAGCACUGUCUUUGUUCAGAAUGAUUAGAGCCAGAUCUGAGUACAGGACCAUUUGUUUUGCUACAUAUAUAUUGAAUAUGCUGCUGGUGUCAAUAGGCACCACUGUGCGUAUUUUGUUUCCUGCAUAUGUGACUGGAAAGGCAAUCUGUUGUCACAGUCCCUUGGUGCCCUACUGACCAGCUGGCUUGGAUUGUCUGCCUGUGGAGGGGGAAGCAAACAAAAUAUCCCCAGAAAGCCCAUGCUUUGCUUUCAUGCUUUGCACAUGCAAAGGAAUUUGUAUAAGAACAGCCUCCGCUAGUGUCAUGAAUGGAUGGGGUUGAGUAAACCCUCUAUAUGCCUCACUUGUUGCAAAUGGGUCACGUAAUAAGCUUCUUGUUAAGUUCUGAAGCAUGUAGGGAGGAUAAAAUGCUCCCUGAAGGGGGUUAAUUUAACCUGAGGACCUGCAGUUUUAUGCAGUGGCAACCACUGCCCACCUCUCCCAAUCCAUGUUCCUUUUCCCUUUAGUUGUCUGGCCUCUAUGGCAGUUUGGCUUUACAGACUGUGGUGUGCAGAAAGGUCAUCUAUAUCCCACAAAAUGUCCCAUGCAAGGAAGUGUAUUCAAAAGUUAUUUUAUUUAGGCAAAUUAUUUUAAACUAAUUUAUUUGUAUAUUUCAUUAAAUGUUUAAUUUAUAGAUGUACAUAUUUAUGAUAUAUGCUAGACCUUAGAUCAGCACGUUUAAUAAGGAAGCAACUUCUGUCGCUGUCCCUUUUAAACAGAUCACAGAGCACAAUAACUAGAAUAAAUUACCAGAUAUGUGCAAUUUUAUUUUUCCCUUUUGAAUCUUGCUUUGAGCAGAGUGUGUAUUCUAAAUUUCAGUUGCUGCAUCUUCGUAUCCCCACCCCCACCCCCGGUUGGUAAAUUUCACCAACCUCAGGCCCAAGACGGACGUGCAUAGCUUGACGAGGGAGCAUGCUCUUCAAGGACAGGUACAUAAGUGAAUGAAUGAAAUGAAGGAACAUCAGUUACCUCCUGUUCCCAGUGAAAGUAGGCUCAACGGAGUUCUGAUUGGCUAACCCUUUUGACAAGCACAAAGUUACCUCCUCAUCUGAAAUAGCAGAAUACUAAUUGACUGGUUAGUGUGGCCGUCAAAAAGCAGGUGUCCCUUUAAGAAGGCAUAAAAAUGCAUAUCUAAAAAUUCUUAAGAUGUGCAGAGGACUUUUUAAGAAAACACAAAAGCCUUCCCAAAUAGCAGGGUGUGAAUGGGAGGACAGGAACAGCGAGGAAGAAGCUUCCCUGUCUUGGGCCUGAGAGGGAAAUGAGUCCCUGUGUAGUUACACCAUUAGAGGAAAACCUUUCAACAGAUUGAGGGUUUGUGUAUAUUGCCCUUAAUGCAGAAGGUGGGGGGUUUGUUUGGUAUGCUGACUGCAGGAACCAUUUUUGUAACCGUAGGCCUAUUAUUGAACUUCUUCUCCACGAGAGUUAGUACUUUUCAAAAAACAAGGCAUUGUAAAAGGAUUGGGAUGCCUCCUUCUGAUGUUCCAGCUGUUAUUUGGUUUUUGUCUUGGAAGUGCCAGGUAUAUACAAAUAAUGUACAGUAUGGAUUUAUACAGAUAAAACAAAAAAGCAGAAACAAACCAAAACAGAAAGAACCUCUAAAUAGACCAUAUCAAAUGCUGUGAAAUAUACUCCACCCCUUUCUCAGUGUGUAUGAUUGUGUGUGCGCAAGCGCAGCUCUGAAUGGCCAGGAAGGCCUCUUGAUGUGCUUCCAGGUGAGCUUGGGUAGGAGGCUUCCUUGUGCAACCUUCUAGAUAAACCAGUUACGAGCAUUGUGUCAUGCUCUGCUGUGACUUAGAAAAACAGAAUCCAGGAUAAGUUUGCAGAUUGGAGAGAGAUCUACGCCUCACCUGCUUCCCCCCCCCCAUUCCCAUCAUGCAUUUCACACAGGCCUUUAGCAAAGGUUUUUUUUACUAAUGAUCAAGAAUUGCUUUAAGAAAGUGGUUUUGUACACUGCAUUUCUAUGUUGGUGAGGACAUUUUACUGAUCUAGUAUUCCAAAAUAAAGUAUGAAUCAGGAACUGUUUUUUAUUUUUGUUAUGGAAGUUGUAAUUUAUGUCAUUGGAUGGGGAUGUGGGUCUACUUUUUAAAUACAGUAUCAGGUUAUAAUUUGGGGAGCAAGAGUUUGCAAAAAAUAUUUUUUUUAAUGUAUUAAUAAUUCUGUAUCAGUCUUCCAUUACAGUGGUGCCUCGGAAGAUGAAAUUAAUUCAUUCUGCGAGUUGCUUUGUCUUGUGAUAAUUUCGUCUUGCGAAGCGCGGUUUGCUGCGGCAAAAAAAAAAAAAACCCGCCAAAAAAAAUCGUCUUGCGAAGCAUGGCCAUGGAAAACUUCGUCUUGUGAGUCACCAAAAACAUCGCAAAACACUUUCGUCUUGCGAGCUUUUCGUUGCGUGAGGCAUUCGUCUUGCGAGGUACUACUGUCUUACCAAACCUACCAAUGGAUCUGAGUUGUUUGACUUAAAAGAAUACUCUUGUAUUAAGAAUGUAAUUAUUUUUAUGAUUGUAUUUUCAAAGACAAAAUCAUAUUUAAAGUUUUCCAUGAAGAAGUAACACUAAAGCAAGGGGAUUUUUUUUGUGAGCUGUUAUUAUGUUUUCAUAUCUCCUAUGUUUUAUUUCAUUGUAUUUUACAUUUCAUUCUCCUUAAUUUCUCAGUGUUGGUAUGGCUGCUGUUAGUUAUGAAAUGCUGGGUCAGAAGAACCUUGGCUAGCAAGAGCAAUCACUAUCUUCUGAGAAAGACAAUAGAAAUUUGUAGAAGCCCAAAUUGAAAGGAGAAAGGGGCCACAAGAAAUGCAGGCCUGCCUUGUUUUAGUUUUUUACCUUUCUGUCCCAGAAAAUAAUAUGACAGGCACCUAACUGGUGUAACACAUUAAUUGACAUUAUUAAUAAAGAUACCCUGUGAAAACUCA